AUGUGGCUGGCGGGGACUCUGCUGUGCUGCUGGGCGCUGGCAGCGCUGCCCCGGGCACGGGGCUCCUGCCCCUCGCAGUGCAGCUGCGCCUUCCACAGCCUCGGCGAGGGGACCAAGGCCAGGACAGUGCUGUGUAAUGACCCAGAGAUGACCCUCCCUCCUGUGAACAUCCCUGUUGAUACAACCAAGCUUCGGAUAGAAAAGACAGCCAUCCGCAGGGUGCCAGGAGAGGCUUUCCACCUGCUUCACAACCUGGAGUACCUCUGGAUGCCCUACAACUCCCUGGCCAGCCUCAGCAGCAUCACCUUCAAGGGCCUUCGUCGUCUGCAGGAGCUGAGGCUGGAUGGGAACAACUUAAUAUCAUUCCCCUGGGAGAGCCUGGCUGGGAUGCCACAGCUGAGGCUUCUGGAUUUACACAACAACGAACUCACCUCAGUCCCUUCAGAUGCUGCUCGUUAUGUCAAGAAUAUCACAUACCUGGAUCUGUCUAGCAAUAAGCUGAUGACUCUUCCUCAGGCUCUCAUUGCCACCUGGGCCAACCUCCAAGCUGUUCCCUACUUCCCCAAUGAUAACUCCAAGAUCAUCCUAGGCUUGCAAGACAAUCCUUGGGUGUGUGACUGCAGUCUGUACGAAAUGGUGCAUUUCCUAAAUUUCCAGUCUCCUAACAUAGCCUUCAUUGAGCCCAGGCUGAAAUGCUUCACCCCCCGGAGCCUUGCAGGAGUCUUCUUCAGCCAGGUGGAGCUGAGGAAGUGUCAGAGCCCCGUGGUGCACACAUCUGUGGCCAAGGUGAAGACCAUCCUGGGCAGCACGGUGCUGCUGCGCUGCGGCACCACGGGCGUGCCCGUCCCCGAGCUCAGCUGGAGGAGAGCUGAUGGGGCUCCGCUGAAUGGCACAGUUCACCAAGAGAUUUCCAGUGAUGGAAUGAGCUGGUCUAUCCUGGGCCUGCCUGUAGUCUCUUACCUUGACUCAGGAGAGUACAUCUGUAAAGCAAAGAAUUUCCUGGGGGCAACAGAGGCGUUCAUCUCGCUCAUCAUCACAGACUCAGAAGGCACGGAUGACCCUAACUCCAGUGCCAAAGGCACAUGGAAUGGCAAGGCCAGCGGGAUGGAGGCAGCUGCCUACAAUGACAAAUUGGUGGCAAGGUAUGUUAUCACCACCUCCACUGUGCCCACCCUGGGGGCUGGGGUGGGCACCGGAGACAGCGUCCUCCUCCCAGACAUGGCACAAGACAGCAACUCCCAGAACCUGCUGGUGAGCCCCACCACGGGCCAGCAGGAGCCAGAGAGGAUGGUGAGGUCUGUCAGAGUCAUAGGGGACAGUGACCAGAGCAUUACCCUGGCCUGGAAGGCGCCUAUGGCAAAGAACACCACGGUGUUCAGUGUGCUUUAUGCUGUCUUUGGGGAGAGGGACAUGCGGCGGAUCAAUGUGGAGCCAGGGAAGACCAAGGUCACUCUUUAUGGGCUGCUGCCAAAGACCAAGUACAUCGUGUGUGUCUGUGUGAAAGGGCUGAUCCCCAGGAAGGAGCAGUGCAUCAUAUUUUCCACAGAUGAAGUUGUCAGUGCAGGAGGGACGCAGAAGCUCAUCAAUGUGGUUGUCAUCAGUGUGGCCUGUGUCAUUGCUGUUCCUCUGACUCUGGUGGUCUGCUGUGGAGCACUGAAACGGCGCUGCAAAAAAUGCUUUGUGCGAAAGCCCAAGGACGUGCAGGAAUCCUAUGUCACCUUUGAAAGCCUGUCCCCCGGGGCCAAGGCGAAAGGCGUGGAAGGAGAGUACCUGACCAGGCACACCCCUGACGAGUCCAACAGGCUGCUGUCUGCCCGCUCCAGCGUGGACUCGGAAGCCAUACCAAAGAUAGAGGGACAGCCUAAUGAAUACUUCUGCUGA